GUCAGUCAGUCAGUUCAGUUCAGUUCGGUUUUCGCAGUGGACAUCAAGCAGAGGACCACCAGACCGAGGAAAAUCCAUCCAAGGCGAAGGCAACAUACCAGCGAAUUGGAGCAGCAGCAGAAGCAGCAGCAACGCAACAGCAACAGCGAGCAGUCCAGUUCACAGUUGAUGCAAAAAGUUCCAAAACCAGCCGCAAUCGAAUUAUUCGAACUCAAAUUCGAUUCCACUGUGCGUGUCAGUGUGUGCGCCUGGUGAGUGUGUGUGUGUGCGUGAGUGUCCUUGGUUGUGUGUGGCCAAAAAAUAAAAUAAAAUAAACUGAAGUAAAUCAAAACUGAGGGCGCCGCCAGGAUUUGCCUACCCACACACAGGACGAAAGGAAGCUGAAAAUCAGGCCAGGCCGCUGAGAAAAUCAAUUUUCUGUUAAAAUACACAAAUUGCAACGAUAGACGCGUCUCGAAAGCGAAUCGUCGAGGAUAAUAAUCGGCUGCAAAACUCCAAAGCCCCUUUUCCCCGUCGUCGUCGUCCCCAAACGCCAUGCACACACACUCACGCGCGUAACACACACACACACAAAAGACCGCAGAGAAUCGCCUGGACGUUAACGGUAAAAAGCAAAGAGACGCCGUUUGGUUAGGCCAUCAGUGGUGGAGGUGCAACGGGGGCUAAAAGCGACCAAAGAGGAAGCAAGACGGAGAGGAGGUCAGAAGCAGAACCUAGGAACUAACGAAGGCAGACCACAACAGCCGCGUCCAUCGAGUUAGGCCCAUACUCAACAAUCAAUCGACAGAAAAGAGAGCCAGAAAAAUUAAUCACAAUCUCAGCCUGCCGACAUCUCCAUUCAAAAAAGGCCUAACCAAAUAAGAAAAACCAAAAUAAAAAAAAACAAAAGAACUUCCAGAAUUCCCAAUAAAAAUCGAAUAACUAUCAACUCGACAGCCUAAAAUAAUAAUAACUAAAUUUUUCUAAUAAAGACAUCUGUGAUUUGCAUAUAAAAAACAUAAAUUUGUAACCAACAAUUAUUUUCAUACUGCACUUUUUCGAAACCAACAAAAUAACAAAAAAAAAAAAAAAACGGUCAUUUUAUAAAUUUCCAAACAAAAAUCACAAAUAAUUCGGUGAGCGUAUAAAAUAAAUAAAAUUAUAAAUACAAAUUGCACACGCAAAGCGGACACGCCUCGAGGAUAAAGUCGGAAACCACAAAAAGCAAAAUCAGCAGCAGCACCACCAGCCAAGGCAGCCUCAAAUUCACACAAGGUCAACGGAAUUAAUAUUUUUUAAAUGGAAAUCAUUCCUGAAGGUAAACACUUUCGUUUGGUGCAUGAAUCAGAGCUUCCAGAAAUUUUGGUAACUUUAGAACGCUAUCUGCCGGAAUCAUUAAAGUUUCAUCAAACCAUAAAAACGUACCUGAAUGAUCGUAUUUGGGAUUUUAAGUUUUAUGUUGCUAAAGAUUGGCCCGAAAAACCGAUAAUUCUCCAUUUUCCAGGAUGCACGCUUGCGCCGCACAACAACAUUUACCAAACGCUUGGCAUAUUUUGUCCAUCCGCACACAUCGAGCAUGUCGAUAUGAUGCGCACCGAAGAUGUACUUAUAGAUUGGCAGAAGCCUAUGUACCUGAACUUUACGCACAUCGCCAUUAUGAAUCGCCUGGAUGACUUCUACUCGAAGUUCGGUGUGAUGGAACGACUCAGUGGUGAUAUCUACGUGUGCAACAAGCUGAACGUCGACUUGGAGCUGGAGCCGCUGCCGGAGGACGCGGAGAUGCGUCUGCUGAACCUGGACAACGUGCAGGGCAUCCAUGAUCUAUAUCCUGCCAACGAAAUCGAGUGCGUCCAGCUAUUUGACAUCCUCGUCCGCAAGCUGCCCGGCCUGGGCAUAUUUCGCAAGGAGACUGGCGAGCUGGCCGCCUGGAUGGUCCACUCUUAUUACGGCGCCAUGUUCUCAAUGCAAACACGUCCAGACUUCAGGCGCAUGGGUUAUGGUAUCCGUCUGGCCAAAUCGCUGACCCAACUGGUGAUCGAGCGCGGCUAUACGCCCUUUGUUGUGAUACGUCCUGGGAACGAUGCGUCCCGCAGCUUGUACACGAAGCUGGGCUACGAGAAGGCCUUCGAGACGUGCCGGGUGCGGAUGACACCGGACUGCUACGAGGACAGCACCGUGGGAACGAUUGGGAACACGGCCUACGGAAAGUUUCCGCCGUUGCCGCAGGGCGAGUGCCAGGUGGUGGAGACCAAGUUGAGGCGCAAACAUGUGCCCGGCGAAAGCCAGACGGUCGACGAGGGAAUCGAGGAUAUGUUGGCUGAAAAAUGUGAUAUCAGCGGCGACGAGGCGAGGGAGCGCAAGACCACGACCGACGAGGGUAUCGGGGAGGACAAGUAGGCCCGGUUGGGUUAGGAACGGAUUUUGAGGUCGAUCGGAGGAGAGCGCUACGCCUACGCUAAACUUAUGCUUAAAGCUGUAAGCACCUCUUAGGACUCUUUAGGACAGACAGGACAUGGCACACAUCAAGUGGCGUUGAUUUUUUAAACAAUUAUAUUAACGAGUAAACCAAGAAACUGUACGAGUAUAUUUAUAGAUGGUAUAUGAAGCUUCCUCACACAGAAAAAAACAGAAACAGAAAACAGUCGAUCGGAGAACGCGGUUUUUGGCCGGAAUCAAGGGAUUUAUUUUAUAUGGGUAUUGGAUUAGGAUUCGAUGACAAGGACGAAACAUUGACUGGGGGCUAAAUCGAUCAAGAACGCGCGCUGAAGUCAGAAAUUUUAAACGGGAACCGAGUACAGAGAGAAUUUUUAAUUUUUUGCUAAAAAUGCUUUUACAAAAAUGAACGAACAAAAAAACACAAACAAAGUGGCUCAAAGGAAGCCAUGAAGGAGCGCAUCAAUUUAUUAAAACUAUUAUAUAUAUUAACUCUAUAUAUCAAAUUGUUAAACGAACUAAACAAACCACACCACACAAACUACUUCUCUCUUCUGGCUCUCCACGCAAAAUCUCUGAACAGGAGGAUAAUCCCGAAUCGACGGUCUUAGCUACCGAAAACAAAAACAACAAACAAAUCUCUCGCUUGGGCCAUGGAACAGAGCUUUGCACACUUUCCUCUUUUUAAAGAAACCGUUUCAAAAUACUACAUAUAUAUUUUUCCGAUAAUAUUGAAUACUUUCGAUGACCCAAACGAAGUGCUUUGAUUUUAAAUGGUCUUGUACCAACUAAAUUUGGAUUUAUAGGCUUUUUUCAAAUUUAUAUAUAUACCCAAAUCCAAAAAAAAAAUCAUACGAAACGAAGCGAAGCGAAAACCAAACAAAAAUACAAAAUAAAUAUAUAUUUUAUUAUUACGAAAUUUUAUUAAACUACGCAAACGAGUACUCAAUGAUUUUGCUCCUAUUUAGCUGAACUAAAAAGAAACAAAAUAAAAAACACGCCAAAGAUGUCUUCUGCUUCAUUUUAAGUACAUACUCCCCAACCCGAUUCCCACUCUCCCCACGGAUGACGAUGGUCCAGCCUUUAGCGGUCAAGAUCGGAGUCAUCCGUGGAGGUUUUCUAUUAUUAAAAUGCAAAAACCGAAUCUCAAAUAUAUGCAAGAAAAUCAAAUUUAAUGAAAAAGUUAUAUAUUACAACUGCUAUAUUGUAUGUACUCGAACUAAAAACAAAUGAGAAAAAAAAAAAACAAAAAACUAAAAGAAGCAACUUUAAAUAAAUAACAAAUAUUGAGACAGCA